UUCUUAUUUGAUUUCUAUAUGUGACGUUUUAUUAUUAUACGACGCGUUCAGUUAAAAGAAAAUAUCUCAUCAUCCCAUCUCCCCCUCCGCCCAUAUGCUGCUCAAUGAAAAUAAAAAAAAAAUAAUAACGUAUUAUACUCUGAUAUUGGAAGAAAAAUGCAAUUUUAUUUUUGCGAGGGGGCUAAGCAUGAGGAAGUAAUUUAUGAAUAACAUACUUCUUUAUUUUCGAGUUUCGAAACGAUUACAAAACACUUUGUUUUACAACAUCAUAAUAAUAAUACGUAUUAUUAUUUCUCUUUCAAUCCUACAAUAUGGACUUGUUAUAAUUACAGCUAUGGUAUGAACCGUAAUACAUUUUAAUAAUAAUUAUUAAAAUAUUACAACUAUAUCUACCAAUUAUUAUAUUAUAUUGACCAUUUCGAAUUGAUUUGAUAAUUAUUACUUUUCUUCAGUGUAGGUUUUUUUAUUUAAAAUUUAUAUCAGGUAAAUAUUAACAACGCAUUUUCUUUGUUUACGCUGUUCAUAAGUCAAUCCAUUAGCUUUAUAAUAAUUAUUCGAUGUUUUGCAGUUCAUGAUUCCCACAUUUUCUAUUCGGACAUCUUUGGACGUCUUUGGAAUAUUACACUGAUGACCGGUCUCAUCUGCAGAUUACCGUCCUUGGUAAGAUGUAUCCAUGUCGUCUGACCAGAAACAAUCAGAAUAUUAAUUUAACGCAACCAAAUCAAUGAAAAUAAUUUUUAUGCAGUUAAUAAAACAUUUUUUUUUCACAAUUUUUGUUUCGAAUCACGCGCAAAAAAAUGGAACAUAAUAGCACCAAUAAUAAUAACGGUAAUAUUAUAAUAUUUGUGUAUACGUGUAUAUUUAUGAUUAGAAUAGAUCCUCUUUAAAAAUUUGUUGUUAUUAUCACGAGAACACCUGAACACCACACACAAUUUCUCGCAUUCAUGUGACGAACAUCUGUUAAUUACGUGGUCGAAUGCACUAUCAGACCCGUUUCCUUAGCAGAAAAUAUUUUAUUCAAUAUUUCUUUGUCAUCUGAUUUAGACAAAUAGACAAUAUCGUACGUCUCGCAGAAACAAUAGUUUUUCACAAAUUUUUCUAUAUAAUUUUGAAUAUUGUUAAUGUCAUGUAAAAUAUCCUAUAGUUCAAUUAUUAUUAUUUAAUAUGACUAUCAAGAAGUAAAAUUAAUGAGAAUCCGUGAGUAUGAAUUGCCAGUUUUGAAACGUGUAGUCGUCAUCUACGUCCAAAACGAUGGGAAUGUGGUUGAACUUCAUAAGGACCCGGAAGUGUUCUUCGGACAUAGUAUGGACCGAGAUAAUAAUACGGAACUAUCCGAAACUAAGUCCUUAAAGCACCAAAAUACAUUUAAAGACGUGGCAAUGGGGCAAGUCGAGGAGCAAGUGGUCGAUUCAAAGACUUCUAAGAUGCGACCGUGGUCAAAAUAUCAACUAUCCAAUAGCAUCGAAACAGCGCCGAUCAAGCUUGAAAAAAAAUGUGUGUCAUUCGAAAUAAAAGAAUAUCCUAUGAAAUUUGCCGAAGAACUAAAAGAACUGCAUCGCGUAAAAAUGUUAAACGAUUUACCUACUAUUGAAAAAAUAAAAUAUCCUACAUUCGUCGAUGAGCUAAAAGAACUGCAUCGCGUAAGUAAAUUAAAUGAGCUUGAGAAUUUAUAAAUGCACAAUUAAAAUUUGUCUUAUGAUUAAUAAUUUUAAUAAUAAAUGUAUCAUCAAUGUGUAUAUAGACUAUAGGUAAUAGGUAUAGUAAUAUUAAACAAUUUACCUACUAUUAUAUAAUUAUAUUACCUACGUGGUUUUUCUAAUUAACAUUUUAAACAUUUUGUAAUUGUCUUAUAACUGUCAAGGUUAAGUAUAACUCAAAUUAUAUAGGUAGUUAACUAUUUUCUGAAUAAAAACAAUGUUAUUUUCUAUUGGCGUUUUAUUUAAUGAAAAUACAAAUUGGACUGGUAUUUAAUUUAUGUGUAGUACACUAGUACCUAGAUAUAUUUUAAUGGGCUGCUGCAGUGAUGGGAUUACAGUUUUUGUUCUCUUUCAAGAUUUAAAAAUUCAACAAUGGUUUGAAACUCACAUUAAUAAAUAUAACCUAUUUUUACGACGCAUCAUUAACAUACUUAAUUGUUGUCAAUAGGGUCAUCCUCUAAUAGCUGGUGAUUACGAACAAACAAAAUCUGUAAUCGAGUGAUUUAUUGAAUUUAAGAAUAUAUAUUAAAAAUGAAUAAAAGUUAAGAAUUCUACGUGUAAUGGUAGGUAUAUUAUAGAAACAUAUUGAGGUCAUCCAGUGAAGUAUUUUAAAAAUCUAUAAGCCCGAUAACCGCAUCGGGAAGAGGUCGGACUCUUAUGGAUAUCGGUACUAUAAUAAUAAUAAUAUAAUAAUUAUUGUUCUCGGUAACGUGUGUGUGGGUGUUUAUAGAGUGUGCAUUAUACAUAACUAUAAAAUAUUAAUUAAUGUUAUAAUUAUUAUUUUACUAUAGUAUAUAAUUUUUUAUUAAUAACAAAGUAAACAGGUAUAGUUUUAGGUUUGUGGUCAUUUGCACAUACGAAUUAACCCGGGGUGAUUGAUUGUGAUAUUACAAUAUUAUAAUAGUUAUUUAUCUCACUACAAUAAUAUAGAACCACGUUAAGCCAAAUUUAGACGUUGUGUGUUGGUCGCAAAAGGGAAUUUAGGGGUCAUGAAACCCGCGUGAAAAUAUAAGUUGAAGCAUUUUUUUUUUUGAUUCACUUCCUAUAUUUAAAUAUUUAAUCCAAGAUAGAAGAUUACAAGUUUGACUUUAUAAUAAUAUAAUAUAUCAAAUUACGUUUCA